AUGGAUAAAGUUGCUAAGAGCGUUGAUGAAAGCAUUGUGUGUGCAGAGAUGCUGGGCGACAAGCUGUCGCGUGAGGCGGACCCGCAGCUGCAGCAGGCGGCCGCGCUGUGCUACGUGUGCGGCGCGCACGGCGACGCGCUGGCGGCGCGCGCGCUGCGGGCGGCGGCGGCGGCGGGCGGCGCGCGCGUGGCGGCGCUGGCGCGCGGCGCCGAGCUGGCGCUGCUGGCGCGCGCCGCCGCCGCCGUGCGCGGGCAGGCGGUGCUGGCGCGGGGCGGGCAGCUGGAGGCGCUGCUGGGCGAGUACGCGUGGCGGCUGGCGGCGCAGGGCUGCCUGCGCAGCGCGCUGGGCGCCGCGCGCGGGGGCGCCGCCGCGCUGGCGCCGCGCCUGGCCGCCGCGCUCGGCGACCACGAGCACGCUGAGCACGUCGCCACGCGAAAUGCGCCGCAGCAGGCGCAGCAGGCGCCGCGCGCGCGCACCGCCAGCACGCACUCGCAGCGCGGGCACUACGGCGCGACCGGCGACGGCGCUGCCAGCUACAAUUCUGGGGCCCCGCACGAGGCGCCGGGCUGGGCGCCGAGCGCGCUGCCGCCGCGCCCGCCCAGCGUCGCCUCGCAGCCGGGUGGUAUCACAAGUCGAUCCAAAUAUAAAGUGGAUCCUUCCGUUCAAUCUGCACCGCUCUACAAUCAGUAUGGCUACAACAACCCCAUACAAAACCAACCCUCGUACGGCUACAAUAGCCCUCUCCCCGACCAAUACAGCUCGGCCAGUGUGCCAAGCCAUAACUUCACACCUAUUAACCAGCCAAAUCCAAUUAAUCCAUUAAAUCCAAUUAACUCAAUUAAACCAUUAAAUCCAAUGAAUCCUGCUCCAUUAAAUCCAAUGAAUCCUGCUCCUUUAAAUCCAAUGAAUCCUGCUCCAUUAAAUCCAAUGAACCCCACUCCAUUAAAUCAAGGUAGCCAAUUAAAUCCUACACCAAUGAAUCCGAUGAACUCGAUGCAACCAAUGAAUCAAUUAAACCCUGCGGUGAACGGCGCCUACUACGCACAGGAGGCGACGCCACUGCCGGUGUCGAAGCCCGCGCCUCCCGGCUGGAACGACCCGCCUAUGAUGACCGCUAAGCCUAAGCAAUUUAGCUACGAGGAUAUGUCCGCGCUGCACGCGGGUGCGCGCCACUGGGGACAGAUUAUGUGGCAGCGGCGACACGAGCCCAAACCCGAAGUACAGCAUCAAGCUCCAAUCACCCAUCCACUAUUCGGCGUUGAGCCGCCGCAACACGUGCCUCUAGUGCCCACCUCACAGUACCCUGGCCAGGCUCCAUACCCGGGACAACAAUCCCAAUUCCCCGGGCAACAACAGUUCCCAGGGCAACAGCUCCCAUCGCAACAGAAUCAGUAUCCGGGACAGCCGGGACAGCCGGGACAGUUGCCGGGGCAACCGGGACAGAUGCCGGGACAGCAAUAUUCCGGGCAAUAUCAAGAUCAGCAGUACCAGGGACAGUAUCAGCCAGCCAUGCAACAAAAUUAUCCACAACAGGCGCAGAGCCCAGCGCCGGAAGCGCCGCCGGCGGCGAAGGGCCCGGUGCCGGCGCAGCACGCGGCGCUGCCGCGCGCGCUGGACGCGCUGCGCGCCGCCUGCUCCGCGCGCGCCGCCAACCCGCAAACGAAGAGGAAACUAGAAGAUGUUCAAAGGAAACUCGAAACUUUAUACGACAUGCUUCGAGAUAAUAGACUAUCCGAGUCAGCGCUCUCAUCCCUACACACGUGCGUGCAACUGGCCGAGGCCGGCAACAACGAAGAAGCAUUACAAGUCAUUACAUCACUAGCAACAGGCCCUGACUUCUCCUAUGUCGCCUCCUUCCUUCCCGGCCUCAAGAUGCUGUUCCUAUUAGCUGCACAAAUGCAAGUGUACGUCCGA